GUGACAAGUGCUCCAGCUUAAGCCUGACAUUUCUGAAAGUCUCAGCAUUCUGCUCCAUUUGGAAUAAUGGAUGUAAAGGACCGGCGACAUCGCUCUUUAACCAGGGGACGGUGUGGCAAGGAGUGUCGUUACACCAGUUCCUCUCUGGACAGUGAGGACUGCCGAGUGCCUACACAGAAGUCCUACAGCUCCAGUGAGACCCUGAAGGCCUAUGAUCACGACAGCAGAAUGCACUAUGGAAACCGAGUCACAGACCUGGUGCAUCGGGAGUCCGAUGAGUUUCCGAGACAAGGGACUAACUUCACCCUGGCGGAGCUGGGUAUCUGCGAGCCCUCCCCACACCGAAGUGGCUACUGUUCGGACAUGGGGAUCCUCCACCAGGGCUACUCCCUGAGCACAGGGUCUGACGCUGACUCUGACACCGAGGGAGGGAUGUCUCCAGAGCACGCCAUCAGAUUGUGGGGGCGAGGGAUAAAAUCCAGGCGCAGCUCCGGCCUGUCCAGUCGCGAGAACUCAGCUCUUACGUUGACUGAUUCAGACAAUGAGAAUAAGUCGGAUGAGGACAACGGUCGUCCCAUUCCACCUACAUCCUCGUCUAGCCUCCUCCCAUCUGCUCAGCUGCCUAGCUCCCAUAAUCCUCCACCAGUUAGCUGCCAGAUGCCAUUGCUAGACAGCAACACCUCCCAUCAGAUCAUGGAUACCAACCCUGAUGAGGAAUUCUCCCCCAAUUCAUACCUGCUCAGAGCAUGCUCAGGGCCCCAGCAAGCCUCCAGCAGUG